AUGCCGCUUGUUAUUUUCACAGGGUAUCCAUGCUCGGGAAAGACCAAAUGGGCUAAAAGACUACAGAAGGACCUCGAGCAGAGGAUCGCCGGCGCCAAAGAGAAUUCGAGCGCAGGCCACAACUAUAGAGUGAUUUACCACUCCGACGAGACUUUUAGCAUUCCACAUGAAGUAUACGAAGAUUCCAAUAAAGAAAAGCAUGCACGGGGCACCCAGAUCUCAGCAGUCAAGCGGGACCUAACCAAAAACACAAUCGUGCUUCUAGACUCGAUGGCCUACAUCAAGGGGUUCCGAUAUCAGCUAUAUUGCGAAGCCAAGGGGAUGGCCACGCCUCAUUGCAUUAUUCAUGUCGCAGCUCCAAUAGAAGAAUGCCACAAGUGGAAUGAUGCCAGACCCGAGGAGAGCAGGUGGAACCUGAAGUUGAUAGACCAGUUGCAGAUGAGGUAUGAAGAGCCCAAUAGCGAUACUAAAUGGGACUCGCCUUUGUUUGAGAUUGUAUCCCACGUCGACGAGGAGACGUUGCCUGCUGACGAAAUCUGGAACGCACUCGUUUUGAAAAAGGCCCCAACACCCAACGCAGCCACUACAAUUCAAGCGACCUCGAGCAACUCCUUCUUGCAGGAGUUGGACAAGAGAACGCACGAGGUCAUCACUACUGUUCUCCAACAGCAGCAGCUUACCGUUGGCAGGGUUCAAAUCGGCGACUACAUAAUCACUAUACCCACAGGCACAGUUAGCACGGCGCAGAUGCAGAGAAUCAGAAGAUCGUUCAUUAACCUCAAUAGGAUGCGAACCAUUGAAAAAGACCGAAUAGUUCCUUUAUUCGUGGCAUAUCUAGAUAGAAGCUUGAACAACGAAGACUAG